UUCGUUUUAACUGAUAAUUCAGUUUCCCCUUAUGUUGCUUGUUAUCUCCUUACAACUACCUUAAAACGUUGUUCUCCUUGAUCUAAGUACUAUUUAGGCUUACUAGAAAUCAUGUCAUGAGGGAUCUUCUUGUCCGAAUAUUUGAUCUGUCUAUGAUUUUUAAUGACUAUUAGGUUGAAAAAGGUUCUUGAGUUAUAGUUGGAGAUCAAAUUCUGUAUGUAUGAUAGAUAAAGGAUAUCUAUAUCGCGUGAUUUGAUAUCUGCUCAAUCAAACGAGUUAAAAUGGUGUUAUAUAUGUAUUCGCGAAGCUUGCCGGGCAUUUCAACGAGUUGGAUAGAGCAGAUAUCAAAUCAAGCAAUCAUAGAUGCUCUGUAUAUCUCGCUCGCUCUUUCUAUCACUUUGAUUUUGAGAUAAUCUCCAAUACAACAAAAUACGUUUGUUCGUCUUCCUACACAAGAAAAAUAUGCUUAAAACCAGUUUUUGAUGCAACUUUCUGGAAUUACCUCAACAAUGAAUGGAAAUGGACUAAUAUAACGGUGAUAGAAGGAAGGGUAACACAAAUACAUCUGGUAUGGAUGGAAAGUGAAUGUACAAUAGUAUUUUGAAAUAGUAAUCUGAAAAAUAGAAUAGAACCCCUGCUAGACUCGAACUCGCGAACUACAAAUCAGCAAUCAUCACGCUAACCUACUGAACUACCCAGCUAGACAAUCUACAGAUCAGCAGUCGUCACGCUAACCUACUGAACUACCCAGCUAUACAAUCUACAAAUCAGCUGUCGUCACGCUAACCUACUGAACUACCCAGCUAUACAAUCUACAAAUCAGCUGUCGUCACGCUAACCUACUGAACUACCCAGCUAUACAAUCUACAAAUCAGCAGUCGUCACGCUAACCUACUGAACUACCCAGCUAUACAAUCUACAAAUCAGCUGUCGUCACGCUGAACUACCCAGUUAUACAAUCUACAAAUCAGCAGUCAUCACGCUAACCUACUGAACUACCCAGCUAUACAAUCUACAAAUCAGCAAUCAUCACGCUAACCUACUGAACUACCCAGUUAUACAAUCUUCAAAUCAGCUGUCGUCACGCUGAACUACCCAGCUAUACAAUCUACAAAUCAGCAGUCGUCACGCUGAACUACCCAGCUAUACAAUUUACAAAUCAGCUGUCGUCACGCUAACCUACUGAACUACCCAGCUAUACAAUCUACAAAUCAGCAGUCAUCACACUAACCUACUGAACUACCCAGCUAUACAAUCUACAAAUCAGCAGUCGUCACGCUAACCUACUGAACUACCCAGGUAUACAAUCUACAAAUCAGCUGUCGUCACGCUGAACUACCCAGUUAUACAAUCUACAAAUCAGCAGUCAUCACGCUAACCUACUGAACUACCCAGCUAGACAAUCUACAAAUCAGCAGUCAUCACGCUAACCUACUGAACUACCCAGCUAUACAAUCUACAAAUCAGCAGUCAUCACGCUAACCUACUGAACUACCCAGUUAUACAAUCUACAAAUCAGCAGUCAUCACGCUAACCUACUGAACUACCCAGCUAGACAAUCUACAAAUCAGCAGUCAUCACGCUAACCUACUGAACUACCCAGCUAGACAAUCUACAGAUCAGCAGUCAUCACGCUAACCUACUGAACUACCCAGCUAUACAAUCUACAAAUCAGCAGUCAUCACGCUUACUUACUGAGCUACCCAGCUAUACAAUCUACAAAUCAGCAGUCAUCACGCUAACCUACUGAACUACCCAGUUAUACAAUCUACAAAUCAGCUGUCGUCACGCUAACCUACUGAACUACCCAGCUAGGCAGUUAGAUCUAAAAGAAAUAGGCACGUAUUGCUAAUGCAUGUAUUUAUAUUUUUCAGAAGGAAGUCAUUAUGACGAUGUAUUAUUCUUCUUUAGAUAAAUCAAUAAAACUGGAACGGUGAUUAUAGAGUGUGUUAGUUAUUGGCAUUACAAUGUUUCUAAUUUAAUGUACACGUGUUUUCUUGGAAUUUGUAGGGGUAGGACUUCCUGUGAAACUCUUUGAUGAGUAUAUAUGUGCAUAUUUCGUUACUUCUGGAAUAGCUCCAGAGAAGAGGAUGUGGCCUGUUGAAUACUUCCUGCUGCUGCCGCUGCUCGAGUUUCUGAGCCGUCUAUGGAUGGCCGGCCGGGUCGGACUGGUUUCUUGUUGACAAUAAUGUUGAUGUCUCUCCUUGUUUUCGAAUCGUAAUUUCGAAGUAAUUACUUAUGGCGUUAACAUUUCUAUAACCUGUAACUUGCAUUAUGCCAAUGGACGCAAUGUAAUUCUCUCAAUUUUUGUAUAAUGGAAUAUACCCAACCUAUAAAAGUUAACAGUGCAUUUCGUUGUUUGGACUGUACUCAUGAACUAUCUGGCAAAACAAAAAUGAAUUUCAAGAAUUUUGUAUCACUGGCUGUCCUCCUAAUCCAAAUAUAACAUUUUCUUUAGGAAUUAACAAAGUCACAAUGUUAAACAUCUUUGUCAGAAUUUUUAAGGAAGAAUUCUUUGAGACUUUAAACUCAUUUUUUUUUACAAACAAUUGGAUAACUGUCAGUUUACAGACUGCUUUCAGAAGAUUCAGGACAACGGAGUCCUCAAACGAAGGACCAAUCUCUUAAUUCAUAAAACCUUAACUUGUAACUAUAGAUACAAUGUCAAAUAUUUACAACUCCACAACUAUUUUCCCCAUCUCAUUUUGUAAAGGAAAUUCGAAAGGAGAAAUUAUAAACAGAUGUUCUUUAUGUACAUCAAAAAGCAUGUUGAUGUUUGGGUAAUGAUUUGUGUUUGAAAUCAUGUGUAUGUUUUUCUUCAAAAGUAAUAUACAAUUUUUCGUGAAAAACCCAUCAAUACUCAAGCUUCACCGUGUAGUUACAGUAUAAUUCCUUAAUUGAAUACCUUUAUAUAAGAUAUCUGAUACCUUGAAGAAGAAACAUCCCACAGCAUCAACUUUUAUCUAGAUCAAUAUUGGUUGCGUUGAAUAUGUAUAAUGAACAUUUUUGGUCGGUCCCACUGGAGUUCAAUAUGAUGAAUACAUAAAUAGAUAGCUUAUGCUGAUGUUUGGCUGAUGACGGUAUGCUAGAAAUUAUGUGUCUUUUAAAAUAUGCACAUUGUCGGAAACACACCCUGAGCAUUCGAACUUCAAUAUGCAGUUAUCAAGAGCGAUGCGGCCAAUAAGGAAAGUGAAAGUACAUUUGUAGGAUCCUAUGCAUCAUAACACACAAGCAUUUCCUUUAAAUUUCUUAUAAGUUUUUUCUCCUCAAUUGUAAGCAAGAAAUAUGUAUCUGGUUCAGUAGUUGACAUGAAAACCUACUACUACUAAAUACUUAGCUAGGUGAUUACAUAUAAAAUGAAUAGACAUACGUCAGCGCCUAAAAAUAGCUAUUUUUAUUUUUAAUUCCUAUUGUUAAAAUAAAAUAUUGUAUGAAUAUAGAAAAAAUUAAGAAAAUAAAGCGUUCAACAAAGAGAAAAUAAAUGCUACAAACUGUGAUUACUUUAAGGAAAACCAUAAAAAGUUGGAUUGUCUCUUUCAAUGCGACCGAAAAAUUAGAUUCGGAAAAAAUCUCAUUUUAUUUAUCAAACUCGUGAUUAUAUAUAUAUAACUAUCGUAAUUUUAUUUAAUAGAAUCAAUGAUGGCUUUUGAUGUAUAGGAUGAAUUUAUUAUCAUAUACUGUAGGCCCGCAGUAUUUCUGAAACCUUAACAUAUGAUACCUUAACAUAUAAUCGCCCGCCUCCUGGCGGCUGAUAAUAAGCUUUGUAGGGAUGUGUUUGGCAAACAAAUGUUAUCCACCCAUUCUGCUUCGUCGUCACCGAGUAGCACGAUUAGCAUGACGCAAGAGGUUAACGUGGUUUGUAACGAAUCCAAGUGUCUUGUUGAUAGCCCUAAAAAGGAGUAUAACAACAUACAAACAAUGAGGAAUAAAAUAAAAACAUGAAUGAAUUUGAUAAAUCAGAUGCUCUAUGUGUGUUUCAUGGUAAUUGACAUUUAAAAAAAAAAAAUACAUGUAUAUCGCUUUUCUUUUUCUAGAGUGAAUUAUUUGUUACGUGUUUAAUGGGAUUUAGAUUGAAAUUGUUUUAUUUACCAAGUGUUAAGAAAUCAGCGGUAUUUGCUGAGCACUCUAAAGCCACAAAUAAUGAAGGUCAGACUUUUACUUAGUAACCUUGCAAUUUACUUCCCCCUUUCCAACUGAUAAAACGAACUAUGUGAUUGGUUUAUCGGUUUAUUCAUUUAUCAGUGGUGUUUGUUCAAAAGGACUACGAAUAUGUGUUAUUAAAUUCAAGCCAUGAUAUUUUUUAAUCAAUUUCGUUGCGCAAAACGGGACUUGCUAUGAACUACAUGACGAAUGAAAGUCACUUGCGUGACGGAUACGAUUUGCCAGUGUAUGGGUUAAGUAACGGACAUUUUUAUUCGCUGCACAUCCCCGCUCUAACAUGUAUAUUUCUCAGUCUUGGAUCCGCUAUUCUGACCGUGAUAUUGAGUUUCCGUCAAAAAUCCUACAAGUCUUUCUUCUCGUGGUACAAGAGCGAACGUUUGGUGGUAUAUUUGGCCGUAUGUGACGCUGCCUUCAACUUGGCCCACAGCUUGGAUCAUCUUCACAUACUUAUUACCAAAAACCAUGUGCAUCCAAAAGAACUGUGCCAGUUCUACGGUUUUAUGCUAGCUGUGUUUAUAUCUGCUCAAAACCUUAUGGUUAACGUUAUAGCAUUAAAUGCCUUUGUAUUGAUAUUCCUUGGCAGACAGAUAGAGUUUGGUAAGAUGGAUUAUCGGCUGAUGCUGUGGACGUUUGGGGUUCCGUUUGUGUGUGCUACAAUAGCUGGAAUUGCAGGGCAGCUUGGACCCAAUGGAUCAUUUUGCUAUUUUGACGGAGUGAAAGGUAUCGUAGCCAAUUUCCUGUUCACCACCGUUCCUCUCACAAUCAUCAUCAUCGUAAAUUCUGUUCUGUACAGUCUCACACUCAGAAGGAUCUACCUCCAAGAGAAGGAGCUGAGGAAAACUUUGGGGAAACAAAGAACCACAACGAGACAUAUUGCUGCACGCGCAAUGUCUGUGUUUGUGUUGGUGUUCCUGAUCCAGUGGUGGGCUAUGGCUGUAUAUGGACUCUGGUCCUUCGUAGAAUCGGAUGCAGUGCCAGCUCCGAUUUAUCACUUAGUCACAACUUUUUCGAACGUUGGAGGAAUUUUGAAUUUCGGUGUCUAUCUGUAUAUUAGACGGCGAUUACACAGCUCUCAAGCACCAAGGGAGCAUUCUUUGGGCCGUCGGGAACAACCAUCUGGACGAGCAUCUACGCAGUUGUCAGCAUAAUCGUCGAUAAAACACUGAACGUUACAUGUACAUAGGCUUAGGUGAGCUUUUCCGGUCAAAAUAUGGCUGUCGUCGUGGACGUUAAGUUUUCAGAAUUUUUAUUUUUCUACAACCAAAACUGGUCAAAAACUGCCUUAAUUCAAAGGUAAAUGGUAUUAAAUUUUACAAAUGAAAGGUUAUGUUCUUUUGCGAGGGGAAAUUCUUCUCCAGACCUGCUGAUCCAGAUAAGCCAACAUUUUCAUGAAAAUCUAACAUGCAUGCGAAAAUGAAAAACAAAUUCGGUUCAACUAUAGCAUCCCCAUGAACCAUGUCAUUUCCACAACUGGGAUUUAAAGGUUUACAUAAGAAAAUGUAUGGAAAUGUUGACAAAAAACACAAGGGUAUAAUUUGUUAAAUUAAUGAGCAAGCAUCCUCAUGUAAUAUAGAUUCAGUUAAUGACUCCUGGGUCCGGGACAGGGCUAUGAAAAGGAAGGGAAGUUAGCUCCUGAGCUUUUGAGCACAAUUGCGCAGAAUGCCACAAAUAAGUAUUCAGUGGUUCAUUACUGAUCCCAUUGGUGCAAACAUAUUACAUAUCUAUUACUGAACCCUAUCCAGUUGAAUUUUUUUGGUGUCAAUUCAAUUGGGAAAGGGUUUGGCAAGGACUCUAUUUUGUGGCGGAAGGAUUGAUUAAUCAAGAUGUAUGAUAUUAAAGUUUCUGUUUCAUCCAA